AUGACCAAGACUCGUCUCUGUUGCGAUGUCAUGUUUGAAAUAGUCAAAUAUCUCAUAUCAAAUGAAGUAAUCAAUGCAUUUUCUGCUAAUAUUCUUCCUGCUCUACGUCAAUAUAAAACAAGAGUCGAGAUUUGUGAGCCUUCCAAUACAUUUAUUAAUACGAUUGCUCGAAAAAUCAAGCCUGAACAAAUUGUUUCCUUACGUCUAGACACAACUUGGUAUUCGACACAGUCCGAAUUAGAUCCAUUAGUUAGUUUUACUAAUGUUAUUUCAUUGACUCUUCUCAACUUUCAAGAAAUAAAGUCAAUCAAAGAAUACAAAAAAUAUCUUCCUAAAUUAAUUCGUCUUUCACUUUGGUAUGAUAAUGAAGUUAGUUUGGGUUUUUUGAGUCGUAUCGUUCAAUAUAUGCAAAGUUCAAUCAAACGACUUGAAAUUCAUUGUUCAGCAUUAACUUGCUCUCAUUCUUACCUAGAUCAAUAUAGCAUGGUUAUUUUCAACAAUCUCACUAUUGAAUAUUUUCUUCUUGAUAUGGGUAAAUUUUCGUUACCCUCAAUAAACACUUGCUUGCAACAACACCAGUCAUGCAUAUUGACAACGACAAUUAAUUUAAUCACAGCUAUGACUAAUAUUCGACAUGUUCGAUUAAUUACUAAUACAUACAAUGUAAUGAACACAUUAGAUUUAAAUCAAUGGAAUAGGCUAGCGACGGGUUUCCGUCAAUUGAUGACAAUAAUAUUGAAGAUAAUGGGUAACAUGUUAUAUGAUGAAGAAUUAAUGGAUCAAAUUGAAAAAAUUCACAGUCGAUGGCGACAAAAAAUCGAGUUUAAAGUUAUAUUCAUGUGA